AGCUUUCUGAUCCCCCCGCCAAAAGAGCCGGUGUUUCGAAAGAAAUCGGGACAAAGACAGAAGACAGGGGUAAACGAACAGAAAAGUGUAGCCUACAACUGUCAGGAUGUCGGGCUCAGAAUCAGAAAGUAACGAUGAGGCUAUGGACCAAAGUGACUCAUUCAUGCCUCCAGGGAAGGCACCAGUAGUGAUGCUGAAAUCGCCUCCGAAACCCCAGGGUGAGGAAGAAGAGGAAUUUGAUGCAAAGAUAGAAGCAGAUAGAGGCAAUAGGUUUGAGUUUUUACUCAAACAGACAGAAUUGUUCUCACAUUUCAUGCAAACAGGAGCAGGUCCAUCUGGUGGGAAAACGCCAACAAGUCCCUUGAAAAUGAAACCUGGUCGCCCUAAAACGAAAAAGGAUGAAAAACAGAAACUUGCAACAAGCGGAGAUCAUAGACAUCGACGAACUGAACAAGAGGAAGACGAGGAGCUGCUUACAGAAAUCAAAAAGGUUCCGAACAUUGUGUACCGCUUUGAUAGCUCUCCUUCAUACAUCAAAUCUGGAGUAAUGAGGGACUACCAAGUUCGUGGCUUGAACUGGAUGAUAUCUCUCUAUGAAAAUGGUAUCAAUGGUAUUCUGGCUGAUGAAAUGGGUCUGGGUAAGACAUUACAAACCAUAUCAUUGCUUGGCUACAUGAAACACUACCGACACCUGCCAUCCCCUCACCUUGUCAUCUGUCCCAAGUCCACCCUUGCCAACUGGGUGUGUGAAUUCAAGAGAUGGUGUCCAAGUCUUCGGGCUGUCUGCCUUAUAGGAAGUGCAGAACAGAGGGCCACCUUUAUCAGAGAUACCAUGAUGCCAGGGGAAUGGGAUGUUUGUGUCACCUCAUAUGAAAUGGUCAUCAGGGAGAAAUCUGUCUUCAAGAAGUUCAAUUGGCGAUACCUUGUCAUUGAUGAAGCUCACAGAAUCAAGAAUGAGAAAUCUAAGCUGUCAGAAAUUGUGAGAGAGUUCAAGUCUGCAAAUCGCUUGCUGCUGACAGGGACACCAUUACAAAACAACCUCCAUGAACUCUGGUCCCUGCUCAACUUUCUCCUGCCUGAUGUGUUCAAUUCUUCUGAUGAUUUUGAUUCCUGGUUUAAUACCAACUCAUGUCUUGGUGACAAGGAGCUUGUGGAAAGAUUGCAUAUUGUUCUCAGACCCUUUUUAUUGAGACGUAUCAAAUCAGAAGUGGAGAAGAAACUGUUGCCUAAAAAGGAAGUGAAGAUCUUUGUUGGUCUCAGUAAAAUGCAGAGAGAAUGGUACACAAAAAUCCUGAUGAAAGAUAUUGAUGUUGUGAACGGUGCAGGUAAAAGUGACAAGAUGAGAUUGCUCAACAUUCUUAUGCAGCUGCGAAAGUGUGCCAACCAUCCCUACCUUUUUGAUGGGGCAGAGCCUGGUCCUCCAUACACAACAGACCAACAUUUGGUGGACAACUGUGGUAAAAUGGCAAUCCUUGAUAAGCUACUGCCCAAGCUGAAGGCCCAAGAUUCACGAGUACUGAUAUUCAGUCAGAUGACUCGAGUACUAGACAUCCUUGAGGAUUACUGUUACUGGAAAAACUACAACUAUUGUCGCUUGGACGGAAGCACACCCCACGAAGACAGAACAGUGUCAAUCAAUGAUUUCAACAUGCCAGGCAGUAGCAAGUUUGUAUUCAUGCUGAGUACUAGGGCUGGUGGACUGGGAAUCAAUUUGGCUACCGCUGAUUGUGUUAUCCUGUACGACUCUGACUGGAAUCCACAAGUUGACCUCCAGGCUAUGGACCGUGCCCAUCGUAUCGGACAGCUGAAGCAGGUGAGAGUGUUCCGCUUCAUUACAGAGAACACGGUGGAGGAGAGAAUUGUGGAGAGGGCAGAAAUGAAACUCAAACUGGAUAACAUUGUGAUACAGCAAGGACGUUUAGUAGAUCAAAACACCAACCGACUAGGGAAGGAGGAUGUACUUAACAUGAUCAGACAUGGUGCUAGUCACGUGUUUGCCUCUAAAGAAACAGAAAUCACUGAUGAGGAUAUUGAUUUGAUCUUGGAGAGGGGCGAGAAAAAGACGGAAGAAAUGAAAUCCAAGUUGGCUGGAAUGGGAGAAAGUUCACUGGCAACAUUUACGCUAGACACACCUACUGACAGUGUGUACCAGUUCGAGGGUCAGGACUACAGGGAAAAACACAAGGGAGGCAUGGGUCUGUGGAUUGAACCACCGAAGAGAGAGAGGAAGGCGAACUAUGCUGUUGAUGCAUAUUUCAGGGAAGCACUUCGUGUCAGUGAACCUAAAGCACCAAAGGCUCCUAGACCACCAAAGCAACCCAAUGUCCAAGACUUCCAGUUCUUUCCCCCAAGGCUGUUUGAACUGCUGGACAAGGAGAUAUAUUUUUAUAGGAAAUCAAUCGGUUACCGUGUGCCACGAAACCCUGACCUAGGGUCUGAUGCUGAGCGGAUCAGGAAAGAGGAACAACAGCGGAUUGACGAGUCUGAAGUCUUAAAUGAGGAUGAACUGAAAGAAAAGGAGGAGCUUUUGAAUGAGGGAUUUACAAAUUGGAGUAAAAGAGAUUUCAACCAGUUUAUCAAAGCCAAUGAGAAGUAUGGUCGAGAUGACCUAGAUAGCAUUGCCAGGGAUGUAGAGGGCAAGACUCCAGAUGAGGUGAUGGAGUACUCAGGUGUGUUCUGGGAGAGAUGCAAUGAACUGCAGGAUAUAGACAAGAUCAUGUCCCAAGUAGAACGUGGAGAAGCUAAGAUACAACGUAGGAUCAGCAUCAAGAAGGCAUUAGAUGCAAAGAUGGCACGAUACCGAGCACCAUUCCAUCAGCUGAGGAUCCAGUAUGGUACUAACAAGGGUAAAAACUACACAGAAGAAGAGGACCGUUUCCUCAUCUGUAUGCUUCAUAAACUAGGCUUUGACAAGGAGAAUGUAUAUGAUGAACUCCGCACAGCUGUCAGGCAGGCUCCUCAGUUCAGGUUCGACUGGUUCAUCAAAUCACGAACAGCUAUGGAGCUGCAGAGACGCUGUAAUACCCUUAUCACCCUGAUAGAGAGGGAGAAUAUGGAGAUGGAGGAGAAAGAAAAGGCCGAGAGGAAGAGGAAGGGACCAAAAUCCGGAGCAAAGGGAGGACAGAAGAGGAAAGCUGAUGGUACCCCAGACAACCGAGGACGACCUAAGAAAAAGAAGUGAUCAAUAAGACCUUGAUGUUGUGUGGAUUUGUGGAUUUGUGGAUAUCGCAUACAAAAUGAUGUUAUUACCAUUUCUGUGCUGUAAAGGUCCAUGGUGAUUCACAUCAAUGACAUCUUACCUUUCACCAAUGAAGUGCGUGUGUCAUAAUUACAAUCACUAAAUCAUGUGUAGUGAAUUGUGAUAUACAAACAGUAACACUGUCAGUGGUGAAUUGUGUGGAGGUGACCCUGAUACGGACUUUGAAGUCAUCAACAGAAUUCUCCCCCAGAGAAUAGAAAAUGUUAUCAAUCAUGGUAGAAUUGUGGUGUUUCUGAAUUUGGUUUCAGAAUUUUGACUACCAGAAUUUUACUUUCAGGAAGUAAACCCUGAUAACAACAAACUGUGACAAAGUAAAGGGCUAAGAUAUGGAUAACAAAUCUGAAUCUGUCAUGUUUUAAUCAUAAUAAGUAGAGGAAGGACUUUAUAGGGAAUAUAUUAUUGUUAUACGACAGUGUGCUAUAGUGUCCUGUAUGUUUCAUAUCAUUGUUUUAUAGUCAUUUACUUUUCAUUUGGAUUUUAUAUAUUUUAUCAUGUCUAAUUAUUGUCCAUUACACAUGCUCAUUGAUGUUGAGAUGAUUUUAGACAUCUUUCCAUGUGUAUCAUGGUGUGGUGAGGCAAUUAUUUAUCAGAUUUAAAUCGAGAGAAGAUGGAAGCUAUGAUUUGUUGAAUUGUGUCCCUUUAUCAGAGCCAUAACAAAGUUUCGUAUAUAUCACACAUCGUUAUUUAUUCAUUUUGUGAUAGACUAUAUGUUGAACAUGCAUAUCUGUAGUCAUAUUAGGAUUAUUGUUAGGGAUAAAAAAUAAAUCUCAAUCAACAAUAUUCACAGUGAUUUGAUAGAGUAUGUUGACAAAACAAAGUAGGCCGCAUUGAGUAAGUACUAUCGUGGUAAAACAAAGUAGGCCGCACUGAGUAAGUACUAUCGUGGUAAAACAAAGUAGGCCGCACUGAGUAAGUACUAUCGUGGUAAAACAAAGUAGGCCGCAUUGAGUAAGUACUAUCGUAAAUGUUCAACUUCAUGUAAUAAUCCUUACUUCAGCAUGUGAUCAAUUAAAUAUUUCUGUUUUAAAUCUUGACAUAAACAUCUAUAUGUUGUCAAUAAAUUCAUCUCAAAACAAA